GCCCAUCAUGCUUCAAGCCCGCGUGCGCGUGUGAUGUAGUCAGACUCCUUCAGGAUUCAUUCAGUCUGGUCAGCGUUUGAAAUUUCAGAGAAAUGGCUUUGAUUGUGAUUGUGCUGCUUGCACUAUCAGUGCUUGGUUUUCCACCAUGUUGCGCUGGAGAGUGUGAGUGGGAUGUGAGGCUGUGUAAAACCGAACCUGUUUCCACCGGGAUGUGCAGUCUCAGGAUUGGUGGCAUGGAGGUGCAAGAUCUGGAACCUAUGGAAAUGCAGAAAAAUAUGGAAUUUCCAUAUUACCUGAAGCUAGACCUGCUGUGUGGCUUUAAGGAGUCUUCAGGCAGAGUCGUGCUGGAGGACUCAAUGACCGGGUUGACUCCAAAAGCAGUUGUUACGUUCCAAGAGCCCACACACCCCACUCAUUUCAAACCGCAGAGACUUGAGGUGGAGCUGUCAGUUGCUUCACUAUUGGACAGUGCUACCUGUGGAAGUGAGAUGUGUGAGUUUAGCUGGUACGCCCCAAUGCCCAUCAUCAAUGGGUCAGUGGUGCAACGGGUGAAGGUAAAAUCCAUUGAAAUGGGUUCUCAGCAUCUGUCUGAGAUAAGUUUUGCCCUAAAUGUGAACGGCUACAUGGACACUACAGAGAAGGGAGAGACUGAAGCAUCCUUUGGCACUGAGAUACGGGCUAUAGAAGACGUGCUGAGAGUUGGUAGUCCAUCCCGUCCAUUGUGGGCUGUAGUGGACCAUGCUCCUGUUCUCUUGUUACCAGGAAUAUCAGGCUUGAAAGCUGUGCUCAUGACUGCUACUGAGUUCCAGCAUACAUCCCUCAUAGAGGUGAGUAUAAAGAGCUCAUCAGUCUCUUCAGAGUGUCUACAGGUGGAGUCUUCUAUGAUUCAAGAAACUUUAUCUACAGAGAGCUCACUAUUUGUCAUACACAAUCAAGAGCUGUACCGUUUCCUAGGAAACUAUUCUCUUCCCCUCAGAGUGCCGCCAUCAGAUGCAUGGGAAAAGGUAUUAAGUGCAGUCUGUGUGUCUGGUUUGGUACCGGUGAGUAUUCCUCAUCAUGGUAGAGAGUACUUCUAUGUUCUGGGGGGAGGCUUGCAGAGUGGAACCCUGUACCGUGCAGAGGUUUACGAUGGUGAUGUCGCAUUUACAGAGUUGGUGGAUUCUUUUGGCUUUACCGCAUGCGAGUUUGUGACAUUUGACGAAAACCUUAAAAGAAGCACUGUGAACAUCUCCAGUUGCCAGGUGCGCUCAGCGGCCCAGAAUACCCAGACCGAUAUAACUGACAUCAUACUAGUAGAGCUGCUUUUCCAUGAAGAUCAAGAGCGUUCUUACAUACUGCUCACUUUCGAUGGUGAUUUCCAGAUGGGUGAGAUUUUACCUGAGUUCAUCAUCUAUAGUCAGAGGCAACGGCACCAAGAGAGAAGUUCUUUGAACCUGAAAUUCAAUGGAAUGACACUUAACCCCAGCACUGGAAUUCUAUACAUUUGGGGAAACUCACUCAUCUUCUCAUAUAUUCUUACUUGGGAGGAUGGACAGAGUUUUUGGCACGACAGCGGAUUUCCUAGUGACCAGAUGAUAAAAUAUUUCACUCUUUCUUAUGAUGGAACAUUUGUCUUUGUUACUGAACAGGAGGAGCUGUGGUGGGGUCAAGAAAGAACAGAUUCUGUGUUUCGUUUGCGACCAUCUCAGGGCUGGAAUGAGUUGUCCCAUCUGCAAGCUCUUUCCGGUGAUCACAGCACACUCACAGUGUUUUAUGAUGGAGAUAAAGAGUUACAAGAGGUGCUGUACACAGUAGACUUUGGUGGGAAAGGUUCUGUUGUGAAGAGGAAAAUCCCAGUGGUCGAGCUUUUGUCAUUUAGUCAUCUGCCAUUCCUGUCCACAUGUCCCUUUGACCUAGAGUACAGUGUCCCUCAUAUAGAGAGCUUUAACCGAUUGCAGCGGUACUCAGUCAGCCCCCAACUAGUGACGUCCUCCUCUGAAUUACACACCACAAGUUCAUUGGCUCUGUACCAGGGCCUCGUCUAUCACCUGCUGCAGUUGCAUGCACAAUACCUCAUGGUCAUUGGAGAUCCUACAGAGAGCCCCAUCUCACGCAUGUGCAAUGGUGUGCUCUAUAAGGACUUAUGUUUGUACCUCUCAUAUAAUAAUGUGUCAGGUGUUACCACAGACAGCAAUGGACACAUAACGGCCAGACUUCCAGAUAGAGUUUACCUGGACAGAACAGCCUCAUUCUCAUUCUCUUUGUUCAUAAGAGCCCAUAAGCUCACUCUAGAGUCCAUCGGAGAGCGUGCUGUAAAUGACAUCAGGAUGUUUGCGAUGGUCCCUAAUUCUAAAUAUCUGAGGGUGACUCUCCAGAGAUAUGUGAAAUUGAACUAUGGAGGAGUCCUUUAUAAGGUGACGGUGACUGACAAAGGCAUGGUUGAAGGUCAGGGGUUUCCAGGAGAGAAACUUUUGCCUUUCAGCGUGUUGUUUAGAAUUGGCAUUUCACCAAGACAGUGUUUUCAGCAGACUGACCGUGGGAUGGUUCUCAGUGGUCUGCAGAAUUUGCCUGUCUAUAUUGGUUGCCCUCCUGGUAACCGAUUGGUGUUUGAUGCCAAUACCACUCUGCUGGAGGCUAUACGGCUCAACAGAAGGAACUUCAGCUGUAUGAAUCCUGACCCAGUUACACCCUGUUUCUACUAUAAAAACUUGUUCUUUCCCUUCCUCCUCAUUCAGGAUGUGGUCCUAGGAGAGUCUAGGAAGUUUCUUGGCAGCUACACUUUUAAGGUAGUUGGUGGUGGUCCUCACUCAAGGAAGAACAUUCGUCUGUACAGCCCUGAGGAGGUUCUGAGGUAUAACAGCCUCAAUUACAGUUCAGAGAGAGCACAUAUAUGGGAUAUAAAGGGCUGUGAGAAGGACAGAACCUCUUGCAACAUCACUGAGGAAGGAUUUUUUAUCUUUAAUGGCACCAGAAACAAUGGAAUCAGAUGGCUUUGCCAGCCUAACUCUCCCUGUGAUGAUGUGCUGUCCAAGAACCCUGCAGUAUCUCCACGUUUCUUCUUCAUCAUUGAGGUCUCAAACAGGGAUACGGAGACAUACUGCAGUCACACCUUCCGUUUUGAUAUACUUGUCCAUGACUUCCCCAUGAGCUCAAGUAGGAAGUGCUACAUCGUUCUGCAGACACUGCUCAAACACCUUCAGCGCCGAACUUAGACAACGAAAAGAGGACAAGGCAGCCCAGUGGAAACUGCCUCAACACCAGACUUUGUGGAGCGACUGAAACUCCAUCCAGUGGCGGUUUUAGGCAUGGGCGAACCGGGCAGUCGCCCGGGGCGGCAUUUUUUCAUGACACGUGGGGGGCGGCACAAGCACUUGAAAAAAAAUUAAAAAAUAAAUCAUCUGCGCCGCUAAGCGGUUUUCUAUUAUCUAUCAUAUAACUGUGUGGGGGGUUGCAAAUUGGCGCCCCUGCUUGCUGAGAAGGUGCCGUGCACAGAAGCUGUGUGACUGUGCGUUCACACCAGACGCGACUUGCGCGAAUAAAUCGCGCUAUUCGCGAGUAGUUGGAUGCUUGAACAUUUUGAGUUUACUCUCUUCAUUCGCGCCUGAAAUUCACUUCACAACAGACGUGAAUUCGCGUCAAGGAGGGGCUUCUGCCAGGCGGCUCCUCUCAUUACACUACACUGGUCCAAUCACAAAUAACUAUUUUUUACUAUACUAUUGUGAGUGUAUUUGCAAUAGGAUACAAUUAGAAUGAAUGUACAAAUGUUUGCCAUAAGUAGCCUAUUCUAGUCUUAACAUAGAAAUAUUAUUUUUAUGUAACAAAUAGGCUAUAAAUUAUGAUUUACUAUGUUGUGUACAAAGUAACACACCAAGCAAGAUCCUUAUUUAUUCUUGUUUCUAUAAAAGUACAAAGAUGUAUCAUACAGCUCUGGGUAUCCACAUACAGCGACGAUGAUUUUGAUCCACUUAGUGGGCUAAAGUCAGUCACACAUUUACUUUCUUCCAAAUAACGCACAUUUCAUUCAUAAUAUUAAAACACAGGCCUAUAAUUUGCACGUUUUUGUUUUUUUCUGAAUUGUGUGAAAUGGCUAAUAAAAAUAGGUAAUACAAAACGAUUAUGUGGAGGUGAAUUGGUUUAGUCUUGACUUCUGGUCGUGAGUGACAGUGUUGGGGGAAAUCUGUUGAUUGUCGAGUGCCAAAUAAACACAGUGAUGGAGAGAAAAAGGUCAAAGCCUGAUUGUGAAACAUUCUGAUUGUACAUAUUUUUACCACUUUUAUGUACAUAGAGUAUAUUUAUUUAAGUUCUGAUAACUUAUACUGUUUUGUGCAGAAUUGUGUUUUUCAAAUGUUCUGUUGAAUGAUUUGUGCAAUUGAGAAAUAUAAGCUUGUCUUAC